CAGUACACUUACCCUCAUUGAAAUUCUACAUAAACCCAGCUAAGCUCUAGCUAUACUCGACAUAUUCUUGCUCUUCUCCCUUAUCUCUCUGUCUCAAGAGCUCUCUCUAGUACCGUUUCACUUUCUCUCUCUAUCUUUCUCAAGAAGUGAUUUUGAAUAUUCAACUGAAUAAAAAAGAAAUGGCAGAAGUACUAACUGAGGAACAGAUUGUUGAGUUCAAAGAAGCUUUCUGUUUGUUCGACAAGGAUGGAGAUGGUUGCAUUACUGUAGAGGAAUUGGCUACUGUGAUUAGGUCUUUGGAUCAAAACCCAACAGAAGAAGAACUUCAGGAUAUGAUCAGUGAGGUCGAUGCUGAUGGUAAUGGAACCAUUGAAUUUGCAGAAUUCUUGAAUUUGAUGGCCAAGAAAAUGAAGGAAACUGAUGCAGAGGAAGAACUUAAGGAGGCGUUUAAAGUGUUUGACAAGGAUCAGAAUGGAUAUAUAUCAGCCAACGAGUUGAGGCACGCAUGAUCAAUUUAGGCGAGAAAAGUUAAUGAUUGAAGAUGUAAGAGCAGAGAUUAAGGA